AGCAAAAGUAAGUGUUAUUCUGAGCUGAUAAGAAAAGAUAUGUUUAUUCUACCAAAUGUUAGUAAGUUUACGUCCGUGGUAAUGAUAGCCCCUUAUUCUUUUGCUUCUAGUCUAAGUUUCUGCUAUAAAUGCCAAGGCUGUGCUGCAGUUGCUCGUUGUACUUUAUGGUUAUCCUUCGUAAUUUUUUGCUUUUGUAUAACGGUAUUGUUGUUGUAUCACUCAUCAGCUACAUCCGUUGUAUGAUGAUCUCGUCAUCUCUUCUUGUGGAUCACGGACGUCAUUUUUGAUUAGAGGUAUGGAUAAGU